AUGAAAAAAACACAAGCACCGAAAACAAUAGCAGUAUUUGGUGGCAGCAAUGGAGUCGGCCGCAAAUUCGUAAAACAAGCAUUGGAACUUGGUCAUCAGCUACGAGUACUAAUACGACCAGCAUCAAAAUCAAAAGCACUCGAACAUCAUCCUAAUUUAACAACAAUCUAUGGCGAUGCUCUCGAUAGAUCCGCCGUAUUAACCACAAUUCAAAAUGCCAGCGUAAUAUUCUUGUCGAUUGGUCCAGGAUCUUUUUCUAGUAUGGGCAAUUAUCCAACAUCAAAAGCACAGCGUACAAUAAAUGAAGCGGUUAAUGAGCUACCUGAGGGACAAAUAAAAAGGAUGAUUCUGGUCUCGGUAGUUGGGAUCGGCUCAAGUUUCGAGGAUACACCGGCAUGUAUUCAGUUUUCCGGGAAUUGGAUCGUGCCCAAAUUAUUGGAUGAUAAACGGGCUGCCGAGGAUGCGCUUAAAGAAUUUUGUAGUUUUAAAAAUAUUGAGUGGACGGCAUUACGACCUGCAAUGCUUAACAAUUGCAAGUUAACACGAAAAUAUCAUGCCUCAGAAAGCACAAAAAUCACAAUGUUGAAUGCAAUGAUUGGACGAGCAGACGUAGCAUAUUUUGCAUUAGAAGAAAUAAUUGAACAAAAUUUAUGGGCCAAUACUCCUGUCACUUUAACUUGUAGCCUAUGA